AUGGGUUGGACGGCAGAAGAGCUAGAGCUCUAUCCUUAUCUGAACAAUUACACCGUUCCUGAGUACUUUAAACAGUAUGGCUUCUCGGAUGAAAAUCUCAUCAAAGUAAUUUUGCUAACUAAAAAUGCGAAUUUUUUGAUUGUGAUUCUCGGUUUUAUUCACUACUUCGUCAUAUGGUGGGUUCGAAGAAAUAUCUCUGUUUCGAAACUCCUCGGAGAAGAAUCGAUGACUCGCUUUCAGAAAUUUGCUCAGUAUUGCAAACUAGGACAAGAACCAGCUAUGAAUUCGAUUUCCUCCACCAUGAUCACAAACGACCGAGUUUUCAUCAUCAUGCGAAUUACUCUUGCCAUGUGGUCACUGACGAUGAUUCUUUUCGGCUGGGAAGGGAUUCGCUCGCUCAUUUUUGGUGCCUACUUUCCUUUCGCUGCUAUUUUAUCCUUGUACGUCAAUUUCCAAAGAUCGCGAAUCGUCGAGGGUUUCGGCACCUGGACUCAAGCUUUGAACAAAGUUAACUCAUUCCUCUUCAAUGUUCAGGCUCCUCUGCGCCUCAUGGUUUCCUUAAGUUGGUGGACACGAUGGAUCGGAUUUCUUCGCUAUCGAGAUAUGUCACGAUCUCUUGACAUUCAUCCCUUCUGGCUUUGGAGCAAAGAAUAUACGCCAACGCUGUUCCUUCUCGUCGAAUUGCUCUGGUUCGACACAAAAGUCCCCUUUGAUGGAUGGAUUCAUGUGACUGUCCUUGGAGCGGUUUCUAUUAUAGGAAUGAUUCAAAACGUCAACAAGCCUCCUCCUCAAGGACUCAACGCGAUGGACAGAGAUCCUGCUGCAUGCGUCGUUUCCGCCAAUAUUUUUAGUAUUGGCCUUAUGGUCAUUUCCUUAUGUCUGGCAAUUUUCUCCUUUGCGAAGGUCUGGAUUUUCAAGAAGAUGCCUGUUAUUGGACAAAGACUUACUAACCGACAGGCUUGCACCGAGAUCUUCCAAAAACGACACGCGCUUAACAAGUUCAUGCCCCCUUCGAUGCUUCAAAAACGAAAAACUACGAUUCGACAAUCAUACGCUAACUUCGGCAAAGCAGCUGUCGUUCGUGCCUCGAUCGCCCGAAAAUCUGCUACUGUGAGAAUGUCCUGA